AUGUCGGCAUCUUCAUCUGCACUGAUGGUGUUGGGCAGCAGCGUGCUGGUGGUUACCCAUGUGAUCCUGGCCCCUCAGACGAUGCAUAUGAUGAUCCAUAUGCAGAACCACUGUGAACCAGGACCCGUCUCUGCUUUGUGGUGUUCAGGAGAGUCUUCAUCAGCAGAUCCAGGAUCAGAGUCCAGGAUGGAGGUCUCUCUGACCCUCACCAACAAGUUUGACAUCUUCAACGAGUCCGACGACAAACCCGACGCCAGAGGACUGCUGCUCAGCGCGAAGCAGCUGAUCAUUGAUGUCAUCAGGACUCAGUCAGGUGAGUCUCUGAGUGACAUCCUGAGAGCAUCUGCGUCACAUGACCAGGAAGUGUGCCAUGAUUGGCUGAUGCAGCGGCGAGCUCGGCAGGAUGCUCUUACACCUGAGAAGAUGAAGAGGAACCAGUCGCUGGUUGCCAACGGCAACCUGAGUUUAGAGGAGAAGAAGAGGAAGAUCCUGAGGAGUCUUCGUCGUCUGGAGGGACUGGGAGUCCUAAAACCUCCUCAGCCUGAAAACCAAAUCCUGCAGAUGAUCGCCAAGGACAUCCGUCAGCAGCGUCUGCACCGCCAGCGCCGGGGGGCGGAGCUUCAGAAGCUCCAUCAGACUGUCAGCAGCCUGCAGGCAAAGAGCAACUUCCACAGUGAACAGGUGGACUACUACAGACAUUACAUCACUUCCUGUCUGGACAACCUGACCACCAGUAAAUCGACCAAUAAGAAGGCAGCAGAGAGCAAAGGGAAGAAGAAGCUUCCUGCUGUGAGCUAUAGCGCCGCCCGUCUGCAGGAGAAAGGAGUUCUGUUAGAGAUUGAAGACCUGCCGACCACACAGUUUAAGAACGUCGUGUUUGACAUUGUUCCCGGACCCGAGACAGGAAGUUUCAACAUCAAAGCGAGAUUCCUCGGCGUCGAGAUGGAAGAGUUCCUGCUUAAAUACCAGGACCUGCUGCAGCUGCAGUAUGAGGGCGUGGCAGUGAUGAAGAUGUUCGACAAAGCGAAGGUCAACGUCAACCUGCUCAUCUUCCUCCUUAACAAGAAGUUCUUCAAGAAAUGAACCGAGUAACUUUAUAUAUCACUUUAUACUACAGAGUGAGACAUCCUCCCAACACUCCUAUCUCUGUUUAUAUAUCACUUUAUACUACAGAGUGAUUGAUUGAUCGAUUGAUUAGUUAAUUGAUUAAUCAGUCAGUCAAUGUUGCAUUGUUACAUAUUAUUAUAUUACAUUUUAUCAAGAGAACAUAAUCAUCAUACACUCCUAUCUCUCACUACAGUAUACAGAGUGAGACAUCUUCUUUCAACUCUUAUCUCUGAUUGUUUAUCUAACUACAUUAGCUGUUAAUCAGUGCUGAUGCAAUACCUGAUCAAUACCUGUAAAUAUUUAGUUUUUCUGUCGACAUUUAGAGGGAAACUGUUGGAUCCUCCAGAUGAACUCUCUAUGUUUUUACUCUAAUAAAU